UAGAUAGUCUUCCAUGGAAAACACAAAAGUGUAAAAAGUGACGUAUCGCGGGAGUUUUUAAAAAACAACUUUUCAUAGUUAUAAGUGGACCAAUCGGACUUUAGUUCAAAACAUUUGAAGUAACUGUGAAGAAAUAUCAGUGUGACCCAAAAUCUUCUCGGAGAUGCAUCAAAAUAGCCGGGCGACACCUGCGUCUAUGUUAAACUACAGGAAGCGUCCUCGACAAACUGGCAUUUCUGAUCCCCUGGCUGGACAAUUUGGAUGUCGACCUGGACCAUCAGGAGCAGCUGGGUACUCUGGUCUGAUGCCUGUUGGUGGUUUCGGUCAGCAACACAGAAAUUAUCCAACAUCUGGAAGAGGAGCAGCAACCUUUAAUAGAAACACUUCAAAUAAUGCUUACAGCGACCCACCAGUAGGACGAGGUUAUCAAGGUGUUGUUCAAAGAAGCAACGUUCCGAGUACAUCGGGAACAUAUCAGCAAGGUGUCCGUAGGAAUACUGCCCAAAAUAGGAGUAUUCCAUCUGGCAGCGGACAGCCAUCCACACAAACAUACAACACAAUGCCACAAAAUAUCCGCAAUUCUGCACAUUCUUUUAAGCAAGGUUGUCCUUACAACGAAGGUAACUCUACUAGUGGAUAUGGAAGAGGCAGGGGAGUUCACCAGAACAACUGGAACUAUGGGAACCAGCAGUACAACAGCAGCAAUGUAAUGGGAAACAGCACAAGGGCUACAUCUUAUGAACAGACUGUUGUCACCACAAGAAACAGUCAACAGCAGCAACAAAGAAACAACUGGCCGAAUCCAGCCAAUCAAAGAAUGCAGUCAUACAAUAUUUAUCAAUAUAACAAUAGAGGAGUUACUCAUAAUGAGGCUGAGGAUAUUGCAGACGAGUGGAAUAAUAGUUUCACAGAAUCAACUUCUAUGUCUGGACAAAGCACAAAUAAAGUGAACAAAAAUGUAGUAAAGCCUAGUAAUGCAGACAAGACAGCUCUGUCAGAAUUGAAGAAAAGUCUACAUUUACUGACGGUGGAUAUUGCUGGUUUGAAGCGAUGGAACAAGUUCAAAGACUCUGUGCAGAUCAUGUUUGAAGUGUUUGGUCAAUUAGAUUCUGCAACAGCUAGAGGCACCAGUGAUAGUAAGGAAUUUUUAAUCAGAGAUGAAAAGAAGAAUGAAGUAACGUGCGUCUUUUACGAGAUCGAUCGUCAGUUGUCGAAGAUGACCCGAGGCCAGUGGUACAGACUUGUGGGAACCUAUGACGGAACAAAAGAAACUUUUAUGUGCCUGUCAAUCAGACCGUUAAAGCCAGCCGAGAGGAAUCUAGUGUACCCGCUUACAAAGAAAAGCACGGAAAUAAUGUGCAAACUAACUCGUAAUAUGAGAGAAUCAUAAACCGGUCCACACUAGGAUUUGAGGAAUCGAAACAAUCUAGACUGAAUGGGAAUUGGACUCGAGAAUAUAGCUGUGUCCGAAGACCAUCCCAGAUAUAGUACACGGAUAGAUAUGAAUCCAGUGUUGAAAAUUAAAUAGUACUUGAUUUUCUAGAUGCAUAAAUUAUGAACAUAUGAUUUUGGCUCCUUGUUUGAUAUUUAAAACAGAAGUAGCAUUGCUCUGUGCAUGAGCUAACAUGCUUUUUUUUCCAGUAAAGUGAAUAGAUCUGACACCUAAUUGGUAUUUUUCUAAUGAUGCAACAUUGAACGUUUGUCUGAUAAAGACCAGCUUUUCCUCGUCCAUAUGCAUAUACUCGCAUCACCACAUUAUCCUCAUAGUAUUGUACAGUGCCUUUCUCCGAGAAGGAGAUUACUCCAUAUUGCUCUUUUAAAUGGCCUAGAAUGAUGUUGCAUUGAAAAUUAUACCAUCUUUCACUAACGUUUUGUUUGAAAUUCAUUGUUUUACAAUUAUAAAAUAUAAUGAAAUAACUAUU